CGAGAUCCAACUCCCAAGCCAGCUGUUUCUUAUCAGUUCGUUUUGGCUUUCAGAGCUGCACUUUGCAUCGUUCUUGGCGCUGCUAUUUCUGUAACAGAUCGGAUAGGAAGAGUGGUGCAGCAGUGCACUGUAAUGCUGCCACGGGGGAAACCCUACCGCCUUUGGGGGUGGGGGGUGUCAGAUCGUUUUGGAAAGACCCAGAAUAGGAGCAGGAAGAAAAGGGUGGGUGGAAGAACCUUGAAAACCAGGAAAGAGGGCGGAUAACUGGAGAAGAGGGAGUGGAUGAUAGCGGGAUAGAGGACAAGGGAGACAGUGGGAGGGAAGAGGUGACGGGGCGGAGAGCAGAGUAGCGAUGACAAAGGAUGACACAGGGACGGAGAUGCGUAAUUUUCUGCAUGACUCCAGUGCGUCAGCAGCGGCUAGGGAGCCGGAGCGCGUCACAGACAGUCUCUCCCCAAAUCUUAAUGGAUACCGCAGUGCUACCGGUAUAACGCAGGCACAUGCAGCUGCCUGGGAACAGAUUCCGGCAGCAUCAUACGCUAGGCUCCGGUAAAGAAGCAGCAGCAGGAUCGGCUAGAGCUCCGAGAUAAUCGGGCAUCAUCAUUUCCUAGACCCCGACCAGACCCAACAGCUGGAGCGAGGAGAGCACCAGGAAGCAUCAUACUGGAGACUCUGAGAUCGUCCCAGCAGCAGUCGGGCUCGCGGCUCAGCACCAUGCACUAGGCUCGAACAGAGCCCCCGCUGGCAUCAUGCACUAGGCUGCACGACACAACCAGCAGAGCGGGGGGGCCGCUGAGCUUCGCGGAAGAGCCAGCAGCAGCCGCGGGAACGGAGAGCUCUGGGCAUGCAUUAGACUUGGGCUCAGCCCUAGCAGCAGCCGCCCCGCUCAUCCUAGUCGCCCUCUCGCCCCCCAUGGAUAAGGCGACCUCGCUGCACACUUCAGUGCCCACGCCUCCCCCUCGGCUCUACCUGCCUCGGAACUUCAGCUGCAGCGCCUGCCUCUAUGGCAGCCUGGCCGAGCACUGCAAGGGGGACUGCAGCCCGGAGCGCGAAGGGGCGCCGUCUCCCACGCCGGUGGUCCGAGAAGCGGCCGCCGGGGAGAAGCCGCAGCCUUCCCGCGGCCGGGAGCCCUCGGUGCCUGCUGUGCCCCCCAGCCCCACGCUGCGCCGGCGAGCCAAGUCGCUGCCCACGCCCGGCGAGCGCAGCCUGCGGCCGGCCCUGCAGCAGAGCCCGUCCCGCAGGAAGACCGUGCGCUUCGCCGACUCGCUGGGCCUGGAGCUCAUCUCCGUGCGCCACUUCUGCGAGGCCGACCUGCCCCAGGUGCCGCUGCCGCUCCCGGCCCGCGCCGCCGACCUGUUCAAGACCAGGAAGCCGCCGGCGCUGGGCGAGCUGGAGCCGGUGCUGUUCGGCCCGUCGCCGCUGCUGGAGCCUCUCUUCCCGCCGCAGCCCGGCGCCAGCCCCGGCUUCGCGGAGAGGGUGCGGCGGCACAAGGUGAAGCUGGAGUGGGUGCGGGCCGAGCCCGCCGGCCUGCGCGGCGCCGUGUGCGUCCUCAACCUGGCCUACGAGAAGGCGGUCUCGGUGCGCUACACCCUCAACCGCUGGGUCAGCUGCGCCGAGGUGGCGGCCGCCUACCUGUCGCCGGGCCCCGCCGACGGCCUGACCGACCGCUUCUCCUUCCACCUGCCGGCGGCGGCCGCGGGGGGCACGCUGGAGUUCGCCGUGCGCUACCGGGUGGCCGGCACCGAGUACUGGGACAACAACGAGGGGCUCAACUACCGGCUGCGGGGCCGCCAGCGCGCAGCUCGGGCCGCCACCUCCCCCACCGAGGAGCCCGAUGGCGGCGCCUGGAUCCACUUCAUCUGAGCGGCCUGCGGCCGGACCGCUGGGCGUCGCCUGCUCUCUGCCGGGGAGAGCCGAGCUCCCUCCCGGACCCAGGCCACCCUCGCCGCCUUCUCACAAGCCGGGCGUCUGGGGGAGGAAUUUCCCGCCAUGAA